AUGAUGUUCAACCAGAUCAUUGGCUCCAUUGAUGCUGUGUUCGCACACUUCUCUCAGACGUCUGGAGUUCCGGCCGAACGACUUGGGCAUGCCAUGCGUGUCCUUGGUAUGAACCCUACGCAAGAUGCCGUUGAAAAGUAUUUGGAAGAUCUGGGUGGUCCCAAGAGCAUCGAUCAAGAGAGGUUUCACCAUUUUAUGCAGGAAAAGUUGGGGAAAUGUUUCAGACAAGCUCAGGUAAUGGUGGACUACUUAGACCACUUGAAGCAAUAUGACAAGGACGGCAAAGGCGCCUUGUCGCCGGAAGAACUUCAAGAAGCGAUAGAAGGAAGUGAACUGAGCCAAGAACUUCAGGUAAGUCUUGGGAAGGUGCCGCGCAACAGUCAAGGUCACCUGGACAUCGUUGAGCUGUCCAAGUGCUUCUUGGAGAUCGGCAACCACCUUGAGUUCUCUACUGGAGCUGAAGGGACAACCAGGCAAGAAGUUGCGUCCAAGGCGCGCGUAGCCAUUGUUCAAGCCGAUGUAGAAGCUCGGUAUAGCUUGAAAGAGCCAGAGGCUUUUGCAAGAUUUCUCAAAGACGCCGAUGUUCGCUUGGUACGUGCCAAGUACCUAGCAGAGUUGGUUCGUUUAAAACAGCCGCUACCUAGACGACAAGAAGCGGAAUCACUGCAUUUUCUCUGUGACGGCGAGAAAAUAUCUGCGUUGGUAACCCAUGAUGAAGUGCAAAGUUGGGCCUUAGGGACCCAAAAAGCAAUCAUCUGCUCGAUUUCCCAUGCGUGGGAGACGAUGGAACAUCCUGAUCCGUGUCGGUAUCAGCUGCAACACAUCGUCAACCACACCGGUUUGUAUGAUGCUGCGUUUGAUGCUGACAUCUGGGUAUUCUACGAUUUUGUCUCCGUAUUUCAACACCCAAAAGCUGAGGGCUCGCACGAGAGAAUAAGCUUUGACAAAGCCAUGCGCAACAUGCAUCUGAUGUAUGCCCACGAGUGCACCUUGACUUUCAGGAUCGAGACUUUAACUCCAGAUGAUCUGUGGGAAGCGAUGAAGCUGAACCUGGAGGAUUUGGUGCCUGUAUGGGAUGACAGUAGUGGGACUCUAAAACCGAAGCCCUUGACAGAAUUGAAACCGAACAAAAACGAGUACCGAGUGCGUGGAUGGUGCAUGGCCGAAGUGGAAUGGUCCUCACUGCGGAGGGUGAAUGCCCAGCACCAACGGAUCGACAGGUUAAAGUCUGACAAAGAGAAAUCUGACGGUGUAGAGGAUGGUCUGAACGGAAGGGUGCCAAAGACGCCAGAGGAUUUCAGAGAUGCAAUGUUCAGCGCCAAGUUUACCUGGCGGUCUGACGAGGAGAAUGUGAUUAAGCUUCAGAACAAGAUCUUUCACGAGAAAGUCACAGAGUGUGAGCAUCUGGAGCUUGAAGGCCUUCCAAUCUCUGAGAUAUUGCCUCUGUCACAUGUGCUCCCAUAUUACAGAUGCCUGCAAAGCAUGAAGCUAAAAACAUUCAGAUGUGGCGAAGCAGAAGCAACAGCCUUUGGCAAGGCUUUGGCAUCGAGUCAAGUUGAGAAACUUGAAGUGCACAACAACGAUUCGGAGAGCAGCAAGUUCCUGGUGAAGGCGAUAGCCGAGGCCUUGAAAACAAAUAUGUCUAUAAGACACAUCAACCUGGAAGGCAAUGACAUCAGGGCUGAGGGAGCUCAGGCUCUUGCAGAGGCCUUGAAGAUCAAUGAAUCUGUGACAGAGAUCAAGCUGGGAUACAAUCGCAUUCUUGACGAGGGGGCCAAGGCUCUCGCAGAGGCCUUGAGGACAAAUCAUUUCGUCAGAGACAUCAAUUUACAGCGGAACUGCAUUGGGGCUGAUGGAGCUAAGGAUUUUGCAGAGUCAUUGAAGAGCUUGAAGGAGAAUAUCGGUGUGAGGGUCAUCAACAUGGCACGGAAUCCCAUUGGUGCUGAUGGAGCUAAGGCCCUCGCGGAGGCCUUGAAGAUAAAUGUAUCUGUGACAGAGAUCAAGCUGGGAUACAGUCACAUUCUCAACGAGGGGGCCAAGGCUCUCGCAGAGGCCUUGAGGACAAAUGAAUCCAUCAGAGACAUCAACUUACAGCGCAACUGCAUUCGGACGGAUGGAAAUAAGGAAACCUUGAAGACAAAUCACCCCGGCACAACCAUUGGCCUGCCGGCAGGAGCCAAGGGCAGGAUGGGGAACCAACAGAUUCCAGGCAGAGAACCUUUUGAAGCACCAGUCCGUUUGAAGGCUUUGGCGGAAGCCUUAAAGACAAAUAGUAUUGCGCGGGACAUUGAUUUGACGGGCGAUUCCAUUGGUGCGAAGGGAGCGGAGGCUAUCGCUCAAGCCUUGAAGACAAAUACAUCAGUGACGGACCUCAACAUGAAAUUAAAUCGCAUUGGCCCUGAGGGAGCCAAGGCCCUGGCACACGCUUUGGAGAUGAACAUGUUUGUUGGCGUCAUCAACAUGGAACACAAUGACAUUGGCACCGAGGGUGCCAAGGCCCUAGCAGAGGCCUUGAUGACAAACCUGUGCGUGAGCAGUAUCAACUUGGCCAACAACGGCAUAGGCGUAGAGGGUGCCAAGGCCCUAGCAGAGGCCUUGAUGACAAACCUGUCCGUGAACAGUAUCAACUUGGCCAACAACGGCAUAGGCGUUGAGGGUGCCAAGGCCCUCGCAGAGGCAUUGAUGACAGACACAUCCGUGAACAGUAUCAACUUGGCCAACAACGCCAUAGGUUUCGAGGGUGCCAAGGCCCUAGCAGAGGCCUUGAUAACAGACACAUCAGUCAGCAACAUCAACUUGGCCAACAACGGAAUAGGUGUCGAGGGAGAGAAGGCCUUCAAGGAACUGUUGGAAGAGAAGAAACGAAUGGGCUUCGAAGUCUCCAUUGUCUUCAGAGAGGAAGACGGAAAUACGAUGAGCGAGAUGGUUGUGUGAAGCCGAUUGCGUGGAAGUGGUGGAG